CUCACCCAUGUUGGUUGAGCCAUUUCAGUCCUCCCAAACUUGAACCACAGCAUAGACCUUGUCGGCCCUAUAUCUCUAAAGCGACCAUGGCAGUAAGCAACCGCAUAACAGCUAUUCUGAACUUCCUAAUCUUCCUAAGUUCCAUCCCCGUCAUAGCCGCCGGAAUCUGGCUUGCUUCUAAGCCCGACAACGAGUGUGUCCAGCUUCUCCGGUGGCCGGUUGUGGUUCUCGGUGGCCUCCUCCUCCUCGUCUCUCUCAUCGGCUUCGUCGGCGCCUACUGCAACCGCCCUGGUUUCUUGGCUGUCUACCUCUUCUGCAUGGCCCUCCUCAUCCUCCUCCUUCUCAUUCUCCUUGUCAUCGCCUUCACCGUCACCCGCCCCGACGGCAGCCAUCCCGUCGCCGGUAGCCAGUUCCAGGAGUAUCGCCUCGACGGUUACUCCUCAUGGCUCCGUAACCACGUCACUAGCUCCGGAAGUUGGCAGAACGUGCGUACGUGUUUGGCUGUUUCCGAUGUCUGUCCAAAGCUGGAUCGGCAGUUUUCCUCGGCCCACCAGUUUUUCGCGGCGGAUAUUUCCCCACUUCAGAACUGGUUUCACGGAAUCUGUGAAGGGGACAUGGAAAUGGAAACUCCGAGACACAGAAAGAAAAAGGAGUUUGGGAUGAAGAUGAAGAUGGAGAUGAAGAUGGAGAUGAAGAAGGUUCGAUCGAAUCUCGGAAGUGGAAUUAGAAACAGGAACGGAACAAUGCUUUUCAAGGAAUCUCACCCCAUUUAGACACCAAAAGCAAAACAUUAUUCGAAUCACAAAAGCAGAACAACAAUCCAAAACCCUAAGGAUUUCAGCGAAUAAAUCCAAUAAAACCUAAUCCGAUUUCAUCUCAUCCUAUCUUCCUCUAUAUUUCAACAGUCAGGCUGCUGCAAACCGCCGGCGGCGUGCGGAUACACUUACGAGACCCCGACGACAUGGGUAAACCCGGAAAACCCGACGUCCGACCCGGA